GUGAUGAGAUUAAUGGCAGAACUCUUGUGUAUUUGCGAGGGUUCCAGGAGUCGCUCAGUUUAAGGAAGAGUUCAGCCUCCUGCCACGUCGCGCGACUUCCUCGGAUCAUCAGACUUCAGAAAGAGGUUCCAAGAAACUUUGCCAGAACAAAAGCCAGACGAAAAAAAAAUAUGAGGUGCCACAGUUGUGCUUCCGUUUUACAGUGACAAUGUGGACCGCGUGUAAUCUUAAACAAUGUACUUUUUGAUUCAGUUAGUUUUCUGUCGGGAUAAACAUCUCGUCUGAGGGAUGUUAAUCGGUCAGAGGUGAGAAGGCGGGCUAGCGGCAGCUACUUUUAGUCGUCUAAAUUACUGUUUAAACGGUGGAAGCAUUGCCAGCCUCUUAUUAUUUAUUCUAUUUAUUCUUCCCACUUCUGUUUUAAAAAUAACGGGUUGGUCUUGCAGAUGUUAUUUUAUAGCUUCCUUUGGCAGUGGCUUCUGAAAACUUUACAGCAAUACAUAAAUCCCGCAGGCUUCUUGUUUCGUAUGUUUGUGCAGUCAGAAACAUCAGCUGCUGGUGAUUUAUAGCUCAUUAGAAACGCACUCAAGAGAUCUGCUCUAAUGAAAUCAAAAGCGCCGACACGGGAGUUGUCAUGGUGACCGCGUUCUGAAUCGAGCGUACAGUCCCAGUGUGAAGCACGACUAGACAACUAGAAGAACUGAUGGUCGUGCAGUUCCCAUUUGCUAUGUUUAUGUUUAUGUUUUUGUUUUUGAGAUAUAUUAUAUUCCCGGACGAGACAGACUUGUUGCGUAUUUGAUGAGCCAGCAAAAAAAAAAAAUGGGUUGUUCUGUCCUGAUACUCACUAUCACUGCGUCCACUCUUGGUGGGCUAGUGUUCGGCUAUGAGCUCGGAAUAAUAUCUGGUGCGCUGCCGCAGCUUCAAGCUCAGUUCUAUCUGGGUUGUGUCCAGCAGGAAGCCGUGGUUAGCGCUCUUCUGAUCGGAUCAUUGUCAGCAUCUGUGAUUGGUGGCUGGCUGAUUGAUCGUCAUGGCAGGAGGACAUCCAUUUUACUGAGUAAUCUCCUCAUUUUAGGAGGCACCAUCAUCCUUACUUCAAGCUUAUCUUUUUUGGCACUGGUGGUUGGGAGGGCCAUCAUUGGUUUUGCAAUGAGCAUUUCUUCCAUGAGCUGCUGCAUCUUUGUCUCUGAGAUGGUUGCUCCCGAACGCAGAGGGUUGAUGGUUACCCUGUAUGAAGUUGGAAUUACAGUUGGGAUCUUGUUGGCCUAUGCGGCCAACUACGUUUUAACUGGUGUCCAAGCAGGAUGGAGGUACAUGUUUGGACUAGCUAUUAUACCAUCUCUUAUGCAGUUGGUGUCCAUUGGGUUUUUACCUCAGACAACUGGUACCUCUGAAAGCCUCAUAACAGAGGACGAUAGCCAGCAAUCUGAUAGAUUAACAGGGGAAAUGUCUAAUCAGCACUCAACAGAACAAGUAAAAUAUAGUGUGUUUGACCUUUUCAAAACCAAAGAAAACAUGUGCAGAAGAACCGCCAUUGGUCUUGGGCUGGUGCUCAGUCAACAAUUCACAGGUCAGCCUAACGUCCUCUUCUACGCCUCCACCAUUCUUUUCUCUGUGGGAUUUAAGAGCAACGCAUCUGCAGUUCUUGCGUCGGUGGGUCUGGGUAUAGUCAAAGUCAUUGCUACUCUGUUGGCAAUGGUAUGUUCAGACAAGGUUGGUCGAAGAUCACUUCUGAUUGGUGGAUGCACAGUGCUGGCUGUAGGAUUGAUACUUACUGGUUUCUUGUGCAGACAGUCAGUGAUUGAUACAACAAAACAAUGCACUUCAUUAGAACCACAUUCAAAUUGGACCUCACUGGCUGAAAACCAAGAAAACAUGGGCAACAACGUGGUCAAUCAAAGUACUCCAUCUACUGGACAUGAAACACAUGAUGCUUAUGAAAAUUCAAAUAUUUCUUCACACUCAGAGGACAUGUAUAAGUGGAUUAUAUUUAUCUGCAUGAUGACAGUUGUGAGUGCCUUCUCAGUCAGCUUUGGACCAAUGACAUGGCUUGUGCUAAGUGAGAUAUUUCCAAAGGAAGUCAGGGGAAGAGCCUAUUCAUUCAUCAACUGCUUCAAUGUGGGGGCCAAUCUCAUAGUUACCUUUUCUUUCUUGAGUAUAACAGAUGUGAUAGGGCUAUCUGGAAUAUUCUUUGUGUAUGGAGUUAUCGGAAUGGCAGCAGUUGUGUUCAUCUAUCUUGUACUGCCAGAAACCAAAGGAAAAUCUCUUCAUAAAAUUGACAGAGAACUCUCUCAGACACGAUUUUUUCACAGAGAGGAAUUCUGCAGUAUUUUCCAAAGAAGACAUUUCUCUCCAGGUUAUCAGAGAGUUCACUUGACAAGCACAACAACAUGACAAUAGGCAGAAAGUUAUGAAGUCCCUCUGCUGACCAUCAAUACGGAUCAUUCUGUUCACUGGAUAAUAUUGUUCAAUGUUUAAAUGAUAAUGGAUAUCUAUUUUAGUUUUAUGUUUUGUAGUAACUCUCGUACUAUGAUUUAUAUGGUUAGUUCACAUGCAUAUGAUAUUUACUAGUAAUAAAUCAUUAUGAAAUCAUAAUAUACUUUUGUAAUAAUAAUUUUAAAUAAGUAUAAAUUACACCUACUUGAGUCUUAUUUUAUGGCUUUUGUAGUCUGUGACAAAAUCUAUGUCAGAGCACAUUAAAAAUGUACAAUUUAAAUGAUUAAAACUUGGCUUAAAUUAUGUGUUAUGAUCUGUGGAACUGCACACAGAACAAAUCAAACAUUUACAUAGAGAUAGAGAGAGAUGUUAGGGACAUCUUACAUUUUAUAUGUAGGUUUUUUUUAAAUAAAUGAAGUUUUUCAAAUUUAUAUAUUUUAUGCAGCUCAAUGAAAAAAAAUUGUGUUACAAUUAGAAAAGUCUAUCCAAGUAGGGCACAGUGCAAAAUAAAAGCCCUUUCUUAUUAAACAUUACAUUUUUAUAAACAUGAUUGCUUUGUAUUAAUUUUAAACAAAUGAAUGAAACCAUUUAACAUUCAUAUAUUUGGACUUUCUUUGCAUUCAAAAUCAGUUCAUGCAUUCCCAGGGAACUGAACUGUUCGAGCGACAUGAUUGCCCACUUCACUGCUCUAAUUUGUACAGGUUCAAAAGAUGAAAUUUAAAUCUUAUAGAAUAUAUUUCUUUGUUUGCAGCCCAUCAGAAUUGCCUGUCUAAUAAAAACUGUUUGUAUAUUUCCACAGCCACACUGUUAAUUUUGGUUCAGUCAAAUGAAGUGUAUACAAAGAUUGGAUAAGUAGUGAUUCUUUAUUACUGGAUUGUGGGUAAACGGAAGUUAUGGAUUGCUGUAUUUAUAAAAAUUAAAAAAACCCACAGCAUUUCCAUUUAUACGGGACAUCCACAGUGAGAGGAGCUAAAGACAUUGCUGUAUGUAGAGUAAAGGCGAUUGGUGUGACCUGAUGUGAGCUACAGUAAACAGCACCAAUACAUUCAUUAUUUAUCACAUGUGACCACGUGUGAUUCGGCCACAGCUAUAUAAAGGCUGUAUCAUUUCACACUUGAGAGAGGAUUUGCUCAUUGACUGCUAACAGAAAUACUGUGCUACCGUGUGCUUCACUUGCUCCAAAUAGUCCAUUUUCCAUUUUCAAGUAAAGCUAAGCUGUUUAAUGGCAGGACAAUAUAUUUAAUAUCAAACGGGAUAAUCCUCUUUCUGUGAAUAAGCUCUCAAACACAUCCUGCACACUUUUGCCUGAGGUGAAUGCAUGAUGGUGAACAUCUCAUGAUGAAGUGCAUUCAAUUUCAGAUAAACUCAUGCUGCACUGCCGGGUAAACUGAGGGGUUGUGGUGCCGAAGAGCUCUGUGUAACAACAGUCCCAGAGAUCCUUAGCAGGUUUGAUGUGGACUGACAGGUACAGUGACAUCACUGAGUGGCCCCCGUGGCUGCAGGUACUGGCGUGUUUAGGCUGCUGGGAGCCAUGAGAAUGGGG